AUGGACAUCGGCGCUGUAAAUGCUCUUAGCUACGAGGAUUUUGUGAAUAUUUUUGGCAACGUGGUGGAGAAAUGUCCGAUAAUAACAGCCGCUGUUUGGUCCAGGCGUCCCUUCGGAAACCUGAACGCUUUGGAGACUGCGAUCAAUGAGUUCAUAGACGAACUCCCUGAAUCAGGGAAAGAGGGGAUCCUGAGGUGCCACCCGGACCUCGCGGGCCGGGACCUCCAGAGCGGCACUUUGACCAGGGAGUCGCGCGAGGAGCAGGCGCGCGCCGGCAUGGACGCGCUGAGCCCGGGGGAAGCCGCGCGCAUGGCCCGGCUCAACGAAGAAUACAAGAAGCGCUUCGGCUUUCCGUUUGUCAUCUGCGCACGAAUGAGCGACAAGAACACCAUCCUGCAGCAGCUGUCCGAGCGCCGUCUGCACGAGCUCCCGGUGGAGAGGGCGCGAGGCAUCGAGGAGGUGAAGAAGAUCUGUCGCGUGCGUCUGCAAAGCCUCGUGCUCUCCGACGCUCCGAACAAACUAUAA